AUGUCUCCCCCACCCUGCUACCUCUUCCUCCUCCCCCUCGCCCUCUUGCUCCUACCAUCCUCAGCCCAGUCCUCCUCAUCCACCAUCGUCAUCCGGCUCCGCUCCGCCAACGACAUCAUCGCGGAGACCUGCGAGCGCUGCAGCGCCACGAACCCGAACGUCGACAACGCUCUCUGCAUCGCCUCCCUCUCCACCGACCCCUCCGCCCGCGACGCCGACCUCCACGGGCUCGCCAUGAUCUCAGCCAAGCUGGUGCGGGCGGGCGUCGCAGGGAUGUACACCGGCAUGUCAGAGCUACGAGGCAAGGAGGCGGCAGGGUCGGCAAGGCGGUCCUGCCUUGACGCGUGCAUUGGGCUGUUCCAUGACGCCAUGGUCGACCUCGACGACGCCAUCGCCGCCAUCGACGGCCGGACGUACGACGACGCCAAGACCAAGAUGAGCGCCACCACCGACGCGCCCGUCACCUGCAGCGACGAGUUCAAGGAGCAGGGCCUGCCGCCACCCAUGGAAGCAGAGAGCCGGCGCCUGUUCCAGCAGGCCGUCGUCUCCCUCGCCAUCAUCUCGUUGCUCUGA